CGCGUGAAUGGCGGCGGCCGCGGCGGCUGUGGCGAUGACGGCGGCGGGCUGCGGAGGGGCUGGGGCAGCCCGCUCCCUUUCCCGCUUCCGAGGCUGCCUGGCUGGCGCGCUGCUUGGGGACUGCGUGGGCGCCAUCUACGAGGCUCAGGACCCCGUGAGCCUGACGUCAGUUUUGCGUCACGUGCAGAACCUGGACCCGGACCCGGGCUCUCCGGGCAGCGCGCGGACAGAAGCAUUGUACUACACAGAUGACACAGCCAUGUCCCGGGCCCUGGUGCAGUCCCUGCUGGCCAAGGAGGCCUUCGACGAGGUGGAUAUGGCUCACAGGUUUGCUCAGGAGUACAAGAAGGACCCUGACAGGGGUUAUGGAGCUGGAGUAGUCACUGUCUUCAAGAAGCUCCUAAGUCCCAAGUGCCAUGAUGUCUAUGAGCCUGCCCGGGCCCAGUUUAAUGGGAAAGGCUCCUACGGCAACGGGGGUGCCAUGCGGGUAGCUGGCAUAUCCCUGGCCUAUAGUAGUGUCCAAGACGUGCAGAAGUUUGCCCGGCUCUCAGCCCAGCUGACACAUGCCUCCUCCCUGGGUUACAACGGUGCCAUCCUGCAGGCCCUGGCCGUGCAUCUAGCUUUGCAGGGUGAAUUGUCCAGUGAGCACUUCCUCGAGCAGCUCCUGGGCCGCAUGGAAAAGUUGGAGAGUGAUGCCCAGUCCCUCUCAGACGCCAAGGAGUUGGGCAUGGAAGAGCGUCCGUACUCCAGUCGACUGAAGAAGAUUGCAAAACUUCUGGAGCAGGACUCGGUGACCAGAGAGGAAGUGGUAGCUGAGCUCGGGAAUGGUAUUGCUGCCUUUGAAUCUGUGCCCACCGCCAUUUACUGCUUCCUGCGCUGCAUGGAGCCCGAUCCCGAGAUCCCCUCUACCUUCAACAGCCUCCAAAGGACUCUUAUCUAUUCCAUCUCACUUGGUGGGGACACAGACACCAUCGCCACCAUGGCUGGGGCCAUUGCUGGCGCCUACUACGGGAUGGAACAGGUGUCAGAGAGCUGGCAGCAAAGCUGUGAGGGCUAUGAGGAGACAGACAUCCUGGCCCAGAGUCUGCACCGGGUCUUCCAGAAGAGUCUAUGAGGGCCACAGCUACUGGGCUCUGCCAAGGUCAGCGGGACCAGCUACAGCUGAAAUUGGAAACCCUGAGGUUCCCCGGCUUGGCUCCCCUGCCUCAGUCUUCCUGGGGUUAGGCCUGGGGUCUCUAGGGGAGGUCAUUGGACAGUUGGGGGGGGGGGUGCCUCCCUGGUGCUGGGUUCUUGGUUUGUUGCAGAGCCUCAGAGCUCUUCCAGUGCCUCAGCCAGAAGACAUGGGGAACCAGGGCAGGUUUCAUUUUAGAGGAAUACUUCUGGCAUUUUUCUUAUCUAGGAUAUGGGAUUUGGGGAAGUGAAAAUGGUCUGUGGUAGCGUCAUUUCUCCCUGUUAGGUUUUAGCCGGUUUGCCAGAAAUCCUGUCUCUGACUAGACAGGGCCCCUGAGGCAGCACAUUUGUAUGGAUCAGGGACACAGGUACGUGCAUCUAGCUGAUAUAGAUAACACACCUGGCCCUUAGCUGUUGUGGGUUUAAUUACAGCUUCCAGUGGAAGUCACUGAGCAAUAAACAGUUCUUGUUAAAUCCCACCGUUUUCCAUGUUUCUUCUGCCCUGAAUAGAUUCUUCUUCCCGGGCAGCCUGACUUCCUCAAGCUACCACCUCUCUGUCUGGGCUGUGCUGUCCCAGGAGAUAAAAACUCAAGACAGUGAGCUGCUGUGUUGAGAUAGACUCCUCCAGGAGUUCUUCCAGCUGGUGGCAUUGUUUGGCCAGGGAGGGCAGAGCAGGCAUGAUUUGGUGGUGUUUCCAGUUGAAGAUCACUCAAGAGUGGCCCAGGCAGGUGGGCCAAGUGCUUUGCUGGAGCAUUGGAUAGGAACAGGCCAGAUUUCCCUCCUCUCAGAGCCUGACUUCAUAAAUGGCUUCCCAAAUAGGACCCAGGCCCAGCUGGGCCAGGAAAGGAACCCUGUAAAAGAUGACAGAGGGCCCCUUCUAUCACCAGCUUUUAGGUGGGGAGGGCACAUUCCUUCAGAAUGCCUUGGGUGGACUAAAUGCUGUAUGCCUCAUUUUACAUCUUGGGCUCCAGUUAAAGGCCUUGCCCCGUAAGGAAGUUUUGCACAGCAUCCAUUUUGAGGAAAGGAAAAUUGAAAGGGAGGGGACACUCUGAGCAUCCUUCCCAGCUUCCAUAAAGAGAGAAGUCGGGCAGCCCUGCAGCUAGCCUGAGGCUUCAGGACUGUCCUGCUGGCCCACUUUCAGCCAGGCUGGGGUGCACCACAGGUCUGCUGUCCCAGAUCCCCAGAGCCAGGGACAUCCCUGUGCAGACUGUGAAACAGGUGCUUUCUGCCCUGGACAGCUCCCCCAGCCGUCUUCAGCAUUGGACCUGGCACAGCCCUGCCCUCAGAGUCAUGAUUUCAUUCAUAAUUUGUAUCAGAUGUUGCAACUUGGCGCUUGGGACCCUGAGCCAGCUGUCAUGCUCCACUACCCCUGAGUGCUUGCAGGAAUGUUCCAGGGAAGAUUGAUCCGUCUCCCCCAGCUCCCACCGCAGCCUUCCUUUGGUUUCUUAAAAUGCCUUUCAGCAUUUACUUGGUGCAGAGCCUUGGCAGCUUGGGAGGAUCGAGCAUGUCUGAUGUGGUGGUGACAGAACCCAGGGUUGGGUAGCUGCGGAGGAACGCACAGCUCCUGAGGGCAUGCAGCAAGACCUCAAGAACUCCCUGGGCGCCCUGAAAUCCAGAGGCUCAGGCUCCCUCUGCAUCAGGCCAGUGUCAGCACAGUGCUGUUUUAUACAACAGGUUUUAUUGAGGUUGUGUCGAUACAGUCAGUACCGUUUCUUUUCAAAAAGAAGUCCCAUUUUCUUGGAUUCCCGAGUGCAUUUUUCCCCAAUCUGCUGUGACACUAGGCUUCCUAAACCAGGUUAGAAAUGAAAUUACUAAUGGCAAACAUUUAAAUCUUAAUCUUAAAAAAAAAUAAAAAAAUUAAGAAUCAAUAUAAAAAUGCACAAGGUAACGUAGUUUUCGUAAUUAAAACCUGACAUGUUUAUCAAAGCUAGUCAGUUAAGUGGGUAUAUGAAACUAAGAUUCCUUAAACAUUUUGGAAAUACCAGCCAUCCCUCCUUAAAGUCUUCAAGAAUGAAACUUGGCAGAAACUCAGCUUUGUGACACAGCAUGUGUGUGUGGUGUGGGUCUGUCCCCUGGUACCCUCCUUGACCCCUUGGGCUCACAUUGGAAG